UCCUUCUCUUAACUUCAAGUGGGGUCCCCUUGUAGGUUACCACCCCAGAAAUUGUUGGACAUAAGGUCUUCCUCGAAGUAUAAUUUCCACCAGCACCAAGUUCUUGAUAAUGAGUUGGAAGACAAAACCAUGUGAUCCUUCAAAGUCCUUUGUCUCUCACCAAUACCCCACUAUACUCAUACUCACAUUUUCAGAGAUUUUCCCAUCCCUCCUUUCAUCUAUAUAUACACAUACAUGUUAUUCCAACAGCCAAAUCAAGUCCACUUAUCUCCCCUAAUAAACAUUUAUCCACCUUUUUCUCCAAAGCCAUUUCUGAAGGUCAAGCUUUUACAGAAAUGGCUAUUCGAGUUCCUACUAUUAUGCAUGUUAAGCAAGUUGUCCGCCGGUCCUUUCUAAGUGGCAAAGAAGCAGCUUUCACAACUAAAAUUGUUCCGAAAGGUUACUUUGCAGUCUAUGUUGGUGAGUACCAGAAGAAGAGAUUCAUUCUACCUAUGUCAUACCUAAAUGAGCCUUCAUUUCAGAAAUUAUUAAAUGAGGCGGCAGAAGAAUUUGGGUUUGAUCAUCCAAUGGGUGGUCUAACAAUUCCUUGCAGAGAAGAGGUUCUUACUGAUCUCACUUCUCGCUUAAACAGAUUGUGAUACAUGGAGCCGAGAUCAACCAGCAAAACAGAUUUGUAAACUCAUGCACUCCAUCUCUUUUUGGAGAAGGAGAAAGUUGGCAAAUGCACACUCGGCUGAGAAAGUUGCUAAGCAGAAGGUACUGCAGUAUCUGAAGAACAAGUCCAUUUGCCUUCACUGUUCAGGCCAAGCAGAUUUUCCAGCAGAUGUGGAGGGCUCAAGAGGCCACAUAUUUAAAGACAAUGUGUAGAAGCUCAGAGGAGGUUCUUCAUGGUUCCAACUUCAUACCCAAUAUAUCUUUCACUUUAAGGCCAAGAAAGAGUUUCAGUUGGAUCAUCCUACGUGUGGUUCUCAUAAAAUCCCACGCAGAUAAGCCUUCAGUUACUACUUGUAAUCUGGGUAGAUCAAUAGAGAAAUGAAAGACAUGAUAAUGAGUAGUGUCGAGAACAACAUUGACCCAAGAAUCCAUCUUUUCAAUUUUGAAUUAUUUCACAAAUCAUUGUAAAAUUCUUUUUCUUUUAUAACAAAAGUUGGGAAUCAAAGAUUUUCAUGCAAAUAUUUUGCAUAGAA